AGGAACUACCGGAAGGUUAUUGUUAUAUGAAAUUUAAUAUUAAUAAAUAAAUAACUUUUAACUAUUCAAACAAAACAUUCACCAAAUGGCCUUGCGCCUAUUCUAAUCUGAAGCCAAUGGGAUGCGAAUGCGGGUUCACGUGAUUGCUGAUUAAAACUCCCUUCGAAAAUUUGAAAUUAAUGCCUGUGUGCGGCAGUCAAUCUUAUCAAUUUUUUAAAAGUAGUUGAUCUGGUGUGUUGUGCGGCUGACUAAAAACAAUAUGUUGAAGCUCCGUGAGAUUAACGUGACAAUAAGAAAAGCGAAGAGGGAAGAUAUGAGCCAAGUGUUUAAAUUAGUCAAGGCCCUGGCCGAAUUCGAGAAACUCGAACACACGAUGACCCUGAACGCGGAAACCUUCGAAAAGGACGGCUUCGACUGCGACAACCCCGCCUACACCUGCCUGGUGGCCGAACUGUCCGACGGCUACAUCAUCGGCUACGCCCUCUACUACACGGCCUACUCCACCUGGCUCGGGCGCUCCAUCUUCCUGGAGGACCUGUACGUGCAGCCCGCCUACAGGAAGAACGGCAUCGGCACCCAGCUGUUCCUGGGCGUGGCCAAGGUGGCGCACGAGUCGCCCAGCAAGAAGAUGGACUUUCACGUGCUGUCGUGGAACCCCGCGGGCGACUUUUACAAGCGCAUGGGCGCCGUGGACCUGACUAUACACGAGAAGUGGCACCAUUUCCGUAUGGACCAGGACUGUUUGAAUAGGUUGAUCGCGGCGGUCGAGGCGCAGUCUAACGCGCAGCGGCAGCAGUCUAGCGCGCAGAAUUCGACGGAGCUGGGUGCGCAGGGCUCGUAGUGGUAGGGGGAUGCGCUACUAGUUAUUAUUCUCUAUUCCGUCUUGAAGAUCUUCGAUUGCGUCUAUUAUAGCCAGCUUUUGUUGUGGACUGAGUAUGCUGUGGCGCCUCCAAAUUCGAACUAACGAGGGGAAUGUUAUAAUUUGGGAUGAUCCACUGUUCUGAAAAACUCCAUGAUUGUUUUCUUUUUUCUAAUAUACAGGAUGGUCCGAAUUGCAUUCGAAAAAUUUCGACAGCAUAUUCUACCUAUAGAAAUAAGUAAAAAAGUUUGUGUAAAUAAAUGAAAAAAAAAUCGUGGGUG